AGGGUGAUGGUUUGACUGGAUGGAGAGUGAAGGACCCCAUGAUGGUCCACAGAGCUGCUAAUUAUGUGAUGGAAAGGAGCAGUCCGGUUCCGGUUCUUGUCAGUGAUCCAGCUCGUAGAGCCGGCUCGGUCAGCAGAGUCCCUCGGUCCACCUGAUGAUCCCCCUUCAGCUCAGCUCUCCGUCCAUCUGUCCACCAGCCGAACCAUGGCUCCGUCCCUCCUCCGGACCUGCUGCGGGUUGAUUCCGGUGACCGGGCUGCUGUCCUUCUGGUGCGUCCAGCUGCUCCACCUGGAGCCCGCGGUGGGAGAGAAGGAGGACUGGUUCCCCGCCGCGGUCAACAUCACCUACCUGGACCCGGUAAGGCUGCAGGUGCGGGCGGAGAGCUGCGCGUGCGGUCGGUAUGGGGAGAACUCGCCCAAGAGAGAAGUCAGAGGUCGGGUUGUGGUCCCCGCCCCCCCGCAGGACAGACAGGGGUGCGACCCGAAUGUCCGGUUCCCCCCGGUGCCGAACCCCACCUGGGUGGCUCUGCUGGCUGCAGGGAACUGCUCCUUCAGGGAGAAGAUCCGCAACGCAGCCAGGAAUAACGCCUCUGGGGUGGUGAUCUACAACAGAACCAACCACACCUUCAGCAUGAAGCACUCAGGUACAGGUGACAUCGUGGCCAUCAUGAUCCCCGCACCUAAAGGUCAGGAACUCCUGACUUUGCUGGAGCGGCGCUUUGUAGUGAUGAUGCACAUCAGUGUGGGAACCCACAACCUGCAGAAACAUGUGAGCGCAACCUCUGUGGUUUUCGUCUCCAUCUCCUUCAUCAUCCUCAUGAUCAUCUCACUGGCCUGGCUGCUGUUCUACUACAUCCAGAGGUUCCGCUACGCUAACUCAGCAGAACGCAACCAGAGGCACAAGGGAGAUGCUGCUGAAAAGGCCCUCAGCAAGCUUCAAGUGUGCACUUUAAGGAAAGGAGACAAGGAAACGGAAGCGGACUUUGACAGCUGUGCAGUUUGCAUUGAAUGUUACAAAGCUAAUGACGUGGUGAGGAUCUUACCCUGCAGACAUGUCUUCCACAAACACUGCGUGGAUCCGUGGCUCCAGGAACACAGGACGUGUCCGAUGUGCAAAAUAAACAUCUUUAAAGCCCUGGGAAUCCAAUUCAGUGCUGACUGCACAGAUGAGACCCCCCCAGACAAUGAGGCCAGUGUCGGGGGUCCCCUGACCUACCCCAUCAGUGCUGCUAGUGAAAUCACAGUGAACGAGAGCUCAGUGGAUCCUGCAGAGCGGGGGAUCGCCCUGCAUCAGCUCCACCAUCAGCCGGAAGUGGCGCCGACGCAACAGAUCCACACCGCUGUCAGCUGUCAGAACUGGCCUCCAAUUUCCAUGACGGAUGUGGACUGUCCUCUGGAGCACGAUGACACCAGGUCCAGAGACGGCCCCUGCUGAGGAGACACUCUUCAGAGAUGAUGUCAUACAGGAGGAAUAACGGACAGAACAGGAAAAAAACCACAAACCCUCGGUUCUGUUUCACUGACUGUAAAUUGGCCUUCAGAGAGGAGGGCUCGUUGUCUCCAUGGAGACGAUGAGGAGCAGCUCUCACAUUAGAGCCUCACUGAGUAGAAGAGGAGAAAAGAUGAUGAGAAGGGAUGAGGAUGAUGGUAAUAAUGAUGAUGAUGAUGAUGAUGAUGAUGAUGAUGGCCCUCCUCCUGCUGUUCCUCCUCAAGGUUUGCAGCUUUAACCAGCAUGAUGCUGUUACAAAGAAUCAAAGACUUUUUCAGAGGCUGAAAACUUUAAAAAAAAGCAGAUUAGUCUUUAAAAUCCCGUUAUCUGAGAGCAAGUCCUUUGGCUCUGCUGCAGACGUGGAGCCAAAGGCCAAAGUCCUGAGGUCCGUCUAAAGGAAAACUGAUCGUUUCCAGACUGAACUCUGGAUGACAGAACACAGCAUCUGCUAUCCAAACCCAAACUGGCUGAUCUGUUAUUUCAUGAUGUUUAUGGAAUUUAGUGAGGAGUUUAGAGGAGAAAAUAUGCGAUUCCUUCUAAUGAGGUUUUAUUAGUGUCCGAACCAAACCUGUAGGUUUCAUCCAGCAGAAAAAAAUCUCCACAGAACAUAGAACAGCCAGGUUAGGAUUGGUUUCCACAGCAGACCCCAGUUCAUUUUAUUUCUUGAAGGAAUUUUGGUUCCUUCUUCCAGUCAUCUUCAUGAAGGUCCACCCGAAGCUCCUGUUUCUACAGACAGAAGAGCACAGUAAUAGUUGAAGAAGCAGACAGUGCUUCCUAGAAUUUCUAAAAGUAGAAUGGGAAGCAGAUAUUUUAGUUAUCAGGCCCCCCUCCUGUGUAACAAACUGCCAGUUUUAUUCCUAUUUUAAACCCUGUCUACUUUUAAGGCUGUUCUUAAAACGUUCCUUUUUGAUAAAGCUUAUAGUUAGAGUGGCUCAGGUUAUCCUGAGCUAUCUCUAUAGUUAUGCUGCUAUAGGCUUAGACUGCUGGAGGACAUAAGGACCAAUUUUCAUCAUUCUGCUUUAUUCUGUCUCUGACCAGCUGGUUGUUCUCUCUUUCAUCCUUUGACAUGAAAACUGGCUCAGAGCUCAUCUAAUUAACUGUUUCUUUCCCAGAUAGUGCCAGCUAUGGAGCUAGUUUACCGAUAGCUUUUCUAACAUAGAAAGUACUCAUAGAUUAGUACUUUUUAUGCUCCUUUUCUAUAUCUGCUUCUGUCUCCUUGAACCCCAGUCGGCCUCAGCAGAUGGCCGCUCACACUGAGCCUGGUUCUGCUGGAGGUUUCUUCCUGUAAAAGGGAGCUUUUCUUCUCCAUUGUUGCUGCAUGCAUGCUUGGUGUGAUUGCUGAAGAGUCAAUAUCUACAUUCUCUAAAAGCUAAUCCUGUGAAGUGUGUGACUGAUUGCAAUCAGCUGGUUUUCCUUGGACAGAAACUUUGAACAUUUGAUCUGACUGGAUGAUCUGAUUGAUCUGGAUCUAUAAAGAGACCCAAGAUGAAUUGAAGCUAUAUAAAUAAACUGAGAUGGAUUGAAAAAAUAAAUAUAGAAGCACAGGCUUAGCUUUGGGAGGAGUUCUCUGAUACUGCACAGGGUCAGUCAUCUGAUGUAGCAGUAAAGGGAUUGCGUGUUGGACUAAAGCUCUGAGGAGAUUCUCUCUGUUUUCUUUGAGCUAUAGUCAGUCCGUUUGACAGUGUAACCAUGGUGAUGCUUCUGAAAUAAAUCCUAUCUGUU